CUCACUCCAUCGCAGCUGGUUCGCGGUCGCCCGUCGCCCCUCCUUUACAUUUUCUUCUUCCCUCCUCCACUCCCCAUCUUCUCUUCUUCGCAACCUGGUUCGCGGUCGCCCUUUGCCGUCGCCCCUCGCCUCUUCGUCAGCCCUCGUAGCCCCAGCCCCUCUCCCUUGAACCGAAGUCACUUGCAGCUUCAUCAGCUUGCGGAGGGGCAGAAUGUUCAUGUCAAGAACCCUGUUUCAUCCAUGGCGAAAUCUUUUCUUCCCGCCAAGCACAGGCUUCAUCUCGAUCCUCCAAAUAAGCUCUUCUUUCCCUGCAAACAACGACUCCGAAGUGCUACUGCAUGCGCCCCCCCUCGGGGAAUACUUGCUCCAGGCGAAAGUCUUAUUGCAACUGUGUUCAAGUUUGUAGAGCAUCUAGAAAACAAUGAGAAACUUGUGGAGCAGAGGAGCAGGGUUAAGUUCAAGAUUGUGAGUUUAAAAGUCAAAGGAGGAAGAGACUAUGUACCAGAGCUGGGGAGAACCCACAAGUCCCCAGAAUUUACUUUCUUUAGACUGCCCCUACAAAAUGGGCAUGAUUCCAACCUCAUGUUCCUAUAUCAUAAAAAAUGUCCAAAAAUACACAAUUAG